CCACUUGGAAAAAAAAUUCAUCUAAAAGAAGCACAGAUUCUCCCAUCCAUCUGGUCAACAAAGAAGAAAUCAAGGGAGCAAGAAGGAAAGCAAUUUUCCCUGCACUGCACUGGUCCUGAAGAUCAGUCAGAAAGAGAAACGCGGCGUCAUCCGUGACAGUCAGACAGUGGAACGAAAAAUGCCAGUGAAAUGUUGUUUCCACAGGUCACCAACAGCAGAGGCAGUGGCGUGGUCUGAAAAUAUGGACACGCUUUUAACCAGCCAAGCCGGUCUAGAUGCUUUUCGAACAUUCCUAAAAUCAGAGUUUAGUGAAGAAAAUGUUGAGUUCUGGCUUGCCUGUGAAGACUUUAAGAAAACGGAAUGUACAGAAAAAAUUGCUUCCAAAGCCAGGAUGAUUUAUUCUGAAUUCAUUGAAGCUGAUGCCCCGAAAGAGAUUAACAUUGACUUCAGUACCAGGGACCUCAUCUCAAAGAACAUUUCAGAACCAACUCUCAGAUGCUUUGAUGAGGCUCAGAAGUUAAUCUACAGUCUCAUGGCCAAGGAUUCUUUCCCUCGAUUUCUAAAGUCAGAAAUUUAUAAGCAACUGGUAAAUAGCAAACAGGUUGGCAAUCAUAAAAAAUGGCUCCCUUUCCUGUAAAGAAGGUAAAUG